GAGGGGCAGGCAGGCAUGGAGCCCCGGAGGAAUCGCGGUGCCAGCAGCUGCGAGGACCAAGAAGCACAUUCUGGAAGGAAAAUGCAUUGUGGACCGCUGUACCAAUUCCUGUGGCUUUGGCCCUAUCUGUUCUACAUUGAAGCUGUGCCCAUCCAAAAAGUCCAGGAUGACACCAAAACCCUCAUCAAGACGAUUGUCACCAGGAUCAAUGACAUUUCACACAUGCAGUCAGUCUCCUCCAAACAGAGGGUCACUGGUUUGGACUUCAUUCCUGGGCUUCACCCUGUCCUAAGUUUGUCCAAGAUGGACCAGACAUUGGCGAUCUACCAACAGAUCCUUACGAGUCUGCCUUCCAGAAAUGUGAUCCAAAUAUCUAAUGACCUGGAGAACCUCCGGGACCUUCUCCACCUGCUGGCCUCCUCCAAGAGCUGCCCCUUGCCUCAGGCUAGGGGCCUGGAGACAUUGGUGAGCCUGGGCGGUGUCCUGGAAGCCUCCCUCUACUCCACAGAGGUGGUGGCCCUGAGCAGGCUGCAGGGGUCUCUGCAGGACAUGCUGCAGCAGCUGGACCUCACCCCUGGGUGCUGAUGUCCUGAAGGCCUCUCUUCCCCCAAGGACCAAAGUCAAAGGAAGAAACCUGGGCUCCCAGGUGUCUCCAAGAGAAGAGAGCCCGUGUGGACAUCCUUCAUCCGGGACUCUAGUCUGUUUCUCUGUCACUCCUCUAAGCCGCCCUUCCAAAGGCAUAAGACUUCAAGGCAAGUUGCUUGAAACCAAAGAUAUAAAUACCUGAUUCCAUGCUCACCCAUCCAGCAAACAGUGGACUGGAUCUGGGAUUCUCACAAGUCUUCCUCUCUGUUCUACCUCCCCUCUCACUGCAUGCUUCAGGGUGACCUGGGAUGAUCUCAGGAGGUGGGCUGCAGAGCCUUUGGACGAUCAAGCAAGGUUCCGUCUGAGAACUCUGGGGAGCACCAUGAAGGCUACAUCCACGCUUAGCUGGAAACUCUCAAGCAACACAAGUUGGAAACAUUUAUUUAUUAUGCAUUUUAUUCUGGAUGGAUUUGAAGCCAAACGUUGCCUUUUCCAGGCUCUUUGGUGUUGGCCAGGGCUAGGGAUGCUCCUGGGGUGCUGUUACCAGUCCCAUCAAUAGGCCUGGCCAAGGCAAAUCCACUUCAAGUGACUUGAGGGCUCUCCAGUAAGUUCUCUCAUAACUGGCUUUGUUUCUACUGUGACUUUAAACUACAGUGUUUGCAAUGGCAUUGCCCUGAGUGGAUCUCCAAGGGCCAGGUUAUUUUAAAAAGAAGAAGAUGAAUUUUGUCAAGUGUAAUAUAUAGCUGUGUGCACCUGGAGGUAGGAAAUGUGUUGAUGGAGGAGGAAGGAUCCAGAAUGUAUUUUCUGAGUAACAUUUGUGUGAUGGGCUCUUUGGAUGGGGUGGAGUCAUUUUCUCAUCUUCUGCAACCACUUAGUGUGGUUUUCAUGAAAAUAAGUAGAUGGAGUUGACUCCUUCACGGGGGUUGUGGGGUUUUGCCAGCUGCCCAUGGAGGAGUGGGGCUGAGGCCACUGUUUGUUGGGGCAGUGGUGAGCUCUGGCCCUCUCUGACUGCUAGAGAGUGGUCUUUCUUAUCAGAGAGUGAGGGUCCUGCAGUGGAGUCAGUGAUUGACAGAUCAGGGGUCCUUGAUGUGGCCCUCUGAAUGGUCCAGGCUUGAUCCCACGCUGGGUUUAUAACAUGGCAGUGUCCCUUUUGGGCUUUGCAUGCGCAAUUGUGGUUCUCAUCUGACUGGCUCACCCAAAGCAUGGCUAUGUUCCCCGCUCAUUCAGGGAAGAUUUUUAUUCCAGUGGAAAGGCGAAAUCCACAGGAGGUCUGUGGGAUUUAGCGGAUAGUCCCAAGACCUGGCAGCACUGCUGAGUGCCAGGACCCC